UUUGAGAACCAGUGAUCUAGAAUAUUUUAAGAUUGAAAUAAAUAAAAAUAAAUAAAAAAAACAACAACAGAAGGAGACCACAAGGCAAGUCUUAGAUAAAUAAUAUGGAGUUUACUAAACAACAGAAAAACGGGUGUAGAGGAAUGGAGACUCAGCAGGUGAGCAUCAAACAUUACUGGAGGUGGUGUCAGCUUAACAAGCUCCUUUUUUCAUUUGCAGGUGUCUUAGUUCAUGGUUGGUAGUAGACGAAGGAGAUCAGGAUCAGCAGGAGGGGGAAAUUACAACUCAGGUGACCGUGACCGUGCAGGAUGAGUGCUGGGACCUGACGAGGCUGAUGUUUCUCUGACAACACUGAACAUACCGAACACUGGAUUGAGCUACCCUUCCAGUACAAUAAUUCCAGAUAUUAUUUUGGCAGCCUCACUGCACUGUAGCGACAACUCUUCGCUGCUCUUUCUACGUCAUCUACGACUUCAAAAAUCAUUAGUGAGGCUCACAACGACGUGCUUUCUCAGUAACCUCAACUCUUCAAAAUGGAGGAUGAUUAACAAACAGAAGAACGGAUCAUUUGUUUACAGAUUCCUCCCACAGAGAGAGCACUUCUAAAACAUUUCACUCAACAAACAUAAAGAUGAUUAGAAAGAGAACUCUUCGACAUUUCAUUGUGUUUGUCAGCGUCUCCGGCCCUAUCUGUAUAGUUCUUUUCCAUCAAACGUCUACCAGGAGUUUUCUCAAGGAUUCGUGUAUGUGUAACUGCGCAAUGGAUUCGGAGGGUCGUUCAUGGUUUUCUCAACGAUAUAAACCCUCUGCUAACGUGACGCUCAACAGAAAGAACGGCCUGCUGGAUUUCCACACCUAUUGGUGGUGGAAGAGCCUACAAAAUGAAUCAGUUGUAGCCAACUACACACAAGUUGUGGAGGUGAUGUUUUCCCUCUUCCCAGAUAAAGAUCACUACACCGACAGCAGUCCCAGCCGCUGCAGAACCUGCGCUGUAGUGGGCAACUCGGGCAACCUCGUCGGAUCCCGUUAUGGUGCACUCAUAGAUUCACAAGACUUUGUUAUAAGGAUGAAUGAGGGCCCAACAAAAGGUUUUGAGCGGGACGUGGGGUCUAAGACCACUCACCGUGUCAUCUACCCCGAGAGCGCUGUGGACAUGGGCGUGACGACUCACCUCGUUCUGUUGCCCUUCAAGAUUCUGGAUCUGCAGUGGCUCAUCAGCAUUUUCACCACCAAACACAUCGAUCUGACAUACAUGUAUGUGAAACCAUCAAUCAUAGCAGACAGAAAUAUGGUGAUGAUCCUCCAUCCUGCAUUUAUAAAAUAUGUCUAUGACAGCUGGCUGCAGGGUCAUGGAGAAUAUCCUUCCACAGGCUUCAUUUCAGUUAUCUUCGCCCUGCACGUCUGUGAUGAGGUCAGCGUGUUUGGGUUUGGACCUACAAAAGACGGAGUUUGGGAUCAUUACUUCGAGGAUUUUAAAAGUGACCCUAAUGAAGGCCCUCAUGAUGGAGACUUUGAGGGCAAAGUGAUCUCUCAGCUCCAUCAGAAACACAGAAUUAUGUUGUAUAAAGGAUGGUAAUAAAGCACAAAGCUGGAAACAGAAGUGCGUUCAUAUGAAUGCACACACCUGUCAAGUCAUUUGUAAACUGUAAAUACAAUUAAACUGUAAACUGUGUGUGAGAUUUUUACUGUUAAAAUGUGAUUUUAUAUUGGAAAUUGUAUUGAAAUUCAAUUGUGUAGUGUUGCAUGCACUAUUAUACAACAGUUGGUUGUGAUCUACUGGUCAAGCAGUGUUUCUAGUGUGUGUGUGUGUGUGUGAGUUCACUCGAAAAAGUCUGAAGCAAAUGGUAUAAAGUCUGAAGGCCAUAGUAUAAUUAGGACAUUUAAAGUUCACUUCCAGAACAGAAAUUUACAGAUCUUUUACUCACCCCCUUGUUAUCCAAGAUGUUCAUGUCUUUCUUUCAUCAGCUGAUAAAAAAUGAUGUUUCUUGAGGAAAACAUUUCAGGAAUGUUCUCCACAUAGUAUAUCAAAUUCCUGAAUAUUUUUCCUCAAGAAACAUCAUUUUUUCAGCUGAAGAAAAGCUGGGGGUGAGUACAUUAUCUGUACGUUUUUGUUCCGGAAGUGGACUUCUCCUUUAAGUAGCUUUUAUAAACACGCCUUAGAUAAAAACACAUUACUGGUGCACAGCUUGAUACAGAACACUGGAACAGACAUAUUUUAAGAUCCAUCAGUGCAAGUUUCUUUCAGUUAAAAAAAGCCCAGACAUGCAUUUUAGUCUGGGGCUUAAGCCUCGUCUGCGAAACCAGUGGUGUACGUCUCAUUUCUGCCGAGCUUGAAUCCGUCCUGCUGGCAUCUGUCUUUGUUGUUUUCACCAAUAAAGUCUAAUUGUCCCAUCUGGA